AUGGAGAUAUCCAUUUCAAGAAUUUCUCAGAAGGCAGAUUCAAAAACUUUGAAAGAUUCUAUGUGUGCUCAAUCUAGCCCCCUUGUUUCAGAGAAUGGGCAAGAAAUCUUCCCUCCUAGUGCAGAUAUAGUACUUACUCAAGACCAUGUAAUAGAGGUUCUUCUUAACAACCAACACGAUCCUAUAUCAGCAUUGAAAUAUUUAAGAAACAACGAGGAUUUGUUCGAGGUGUGGAUGCAUUAUGUUCUGGUUAAUAACCAAAUUGAGAGAUCAAAAAGGUGUGAAUCAAAUCCACUUCUGUUUAGUUAUUUAUUGAAUAGCUACAUACGGGCUGGGCGGUUUGAAGAGGCUGUGGAAUGUUUUUAUAGGUUGGUUAGGAGUGACAUUGUUCCUAGACUUACAUAUAGAAAUAUUCUCCUAUCUUCAUUUGUUAGGGUGAACAUGACUGGGAAAGUUAGGGAUUUGUAUAGAGAGAUGCCAAAGAGAGGUAUGGAAUGCAAUUGCUUCACUCUAAGUGUUGUGAUGUGCGCUUUCUUGAAAGAAGGGAAUCCUGAGGAGGCUGAGAGGUAUUUUAGAGAAAUGAAUGCUAGAGGAGUUAAACUUGAUUCAAUUGCAUAUAAUACGGUUAUAAAUGUUGUUUGUAAGAUACAUGAUUCAAAGUUGGCAGGCCAGUUGUUUAAAGAAAUGAAGGAUAUGGGGUGGGCUCCCCGUGAAAAUAUAUACACUAGCAUGAUUGGUGCUUGUGUGAAGCAAGGAAAUAUUGUAGAAGCAUUUAAACUGAAGGAUGAUAUAGUUAACAAUGGAUUACCUAUGAAUUUGGUGGUUGCAACAAGCCUAAUAAAUGGGUAUUGCAUUCAAGGGAACUUGGGUAGUGCUUUAAAAUAA